AUGUCAAAAAAAGAAAGGAAAAAGCUUGAAAAAAAAAAUAUCAAAGUUAAACCACCAGAACAACAACAAUAUGUUACUACUAAUGAUAAGGAUGUUAAUAAAUCAUCUCUUGAUGAAUUAGCUAGUCUUGAUGAUGAUGAAGAAUUUCCAAGCGUGGAAGAAUUAUUGAAUAGAGCUAUUCCUCCAAAAAAGGAAUGUGAAAAAAAGAAUGACAUUGUUGAACUACUAGACCAACAACAAGAACAGGAACAAUCCGAACAUGAAUUACCAGAUUAUGAUGUUUUGAAAGAUGAGACAUUAAGCAUUCCAGGUGAAUUAGUGUUAGCCUACUCUUUAAGAAAAUACUAUCCAGCAAAAAUCAUUGGUUAUCAGAAGCCUGGAAAGUACCAUGUCCUCUUUUGUGAUGGAUCCAAGACAACACUUGGUAGAAAUAAAUUUUAUACAAUUUAUGAAAAAGGAUUUGUGACUUGCAAUUUGGGUGAAAUUGUAAUGGAAAAAGAAGACCCUGAUUAUGAAGAUCCGGAAUUAAUUGCUACAAUUCUAGAUCUCGAACCAACAUUGUCCGAUGUUCUAUUAGGCAAUGAUAAAUUGGCGUGGAGAUAUGAUUAUUUUGUUAAGGGAAAGAAAAAGCGUCAGUUAUUAGCUUCUCGUGUUUCACAAGGACCAUUCAACCAAAGUGAAUUUGGUUUGAUAGCAAAAGUUUUAAGACAUAUGUAUGUGCCUGAUGUUGCAAAAGCUAUCGAUAAGAAAGAUAAUAUCGUUAAACCUUCGGAAUUGAUCAUAUUGAUCAUGAAAGAAGAUGGAUUAAGUUACAAGGAAGCUGAUUAUAAAAUGACUGAUGGAUAUGAAGAUUUGAGAUGGGUAGAGACUAUUAUGUCAUCUAGAAGUUGCUUUAUGUCAUUUAGAUAG